UCCACCAAACAGUCCCUUACGCCCCCACCACAUUAUAUGUUUCCUCCUCCUUUAACCAACAAUAACAACAUUUAUUUACCUUCUCCUCUUCAAUCCUUCCAAACCAAAAUGCAAAUUCCAAACUCCAAACCCAACUCCGACUCCGAGCCAGUCUCCGAAGCAGAGCGGCGAAUCCGGAGGCUGGCCCUGCACCUGAGCCCCGUCGCGUGCGUGGCGGCGGAACAGUUGGAGAUGGCAGCGUGCGGCGGGCGAGGGAAGCUGAGCGUGGACACGCCAUCUCUGUCGAGUUACAUGCGAGGUAAGCACAGGGACAUUCAGGAGAAGGUGUUUGAUUACUUCAACGCCAAUCCGCACCUUCAAACGCCCGUUGAGAUCUCGAAAGACGACCAUCGAGAAUUGUGCAUGAAGCAGCUAACGGGACUUGUCAGAGAAGCGGGGAUUCGACCCCUUCGUUACGUAGUCAACGAUCCCGCCAAGUACUUCGCCAUCUUGGAAGCCGUUGGAGGCGUUGACAUGUCGCUCGGGAUCAAGAUGGGGGUCCAGUAUAGUCUUUGGGGUGGUUCUGUUCUCAAUUUGGGGACACAGAAGCAUAAGGAUAAGUACUUUGAUGGGAUUGAUAACUUGGACUAUCCCGGUUGUUUUGCUAUGACCGAGCUUCACCAUGGUUCAAAUGUGCAGGGCCUCCAAACUCUUGCCACCUUUGAUGUAAUGACUGAUGAAUUUAUCAUUGACACACCAAAUGAUGGUGCCAUCAAAUGGUGGAUUGGCAAUGCUGCAGUGCAUGGAAAGUUUGCCACUGUUUUCGCUAGAUUGAAAUUACCCACUUAUGACACCAAAGGAGUUACUGAUAUGGGUGUUCAUGCUUUCAUAGUUCCAAUAAGGGAUAUGGAGACCCAUCAACCACUCCCUGGAAUUGAGAUACAUGAUUGUGGCCAUAAAAUUGGCCUGAAUGGUGUGGAUAAUGGAGCUCUGAGAUUCCGGUCGGUAAGAAUUCCUCGAGACAAUCUUUUAAACCGUUUUGGAGAUGUCUCCCGUGAAGGAAAAUACACAAGUACUCUUCCUACAGUAAAUAAGCGAUUUGCAGCAACUCUAGGUGAACUUGUUGGUGGUAGGGUAGGCCUUGCAUAUUCUUCAGUAAGUGUCCUGAAGGUUGCAGGCACAAUUGCCAUAAGAUAUUCUCUACUUCGUCAGCAAUUUGGACCUCCAAACCAACCUGAAGUUAGUAUUCUUGAUUACCAGUCUCAACAGCACAAACUCAUGCCAAUGCUCGCUUCAACAUAUGCUUUUCAUUUUGCAACCACAACUUUAGUGGAGAAAUACUCUCAAAUGAAAAAAACUCAUGAUGAAGAAUUAGUUGCAGAUGUCCAUGCUCUAUCAGCCGGUCUAAAGGCUUAUAUAACAUCCUAUACUGCAAAGUCACUCAGCAUCUGUAGGGAAGCCUGUGGAGGUCAUGGUUAUGCUGCUGUAAACCGGUUUGGUAUUUUGAGGAACGAUCAUGACAUCUUUCAGACAUUUGAAGGAGACAACACAGUUCUGCUACAACAGGUUGCAAUGGAUCUUUUGAAACAAUACCAGGGAAAGUUCAAAGGAGGAACUUUGGCAGUGACAUGGAACUACUUGAGAGAAUCCAUGAAUACCUAUCUGUCACAGCCCAAUCCGGUUACUGUUAGGUGGGAAGGCGAAGAUCAUUUACGAGAUCCUAAUUUUCAAUUGGAUGCCUUCAGAUAUCGAACAUCUAGAUUACUUCAGAGUGUUGUUGUGCGACUCCGAAAGCAUUCUAAAACCCUUGGGGACUUUGGUGCAUGGAAUAGAUGUUUAAAUCACCUUCUGACACUCGCAGAGUCGCAUAUUGAAUCAGUCAUCCUUGCUAAAUUCAUUGAAGCCGUGCAGAGCUGUCCCGAUCCAAGCUCGCAAGCUGCUCUGAAGCUCGUCUGUGAUCUUUAUGCUCUGGAUCGAAUAUGGAAUGACAUUGGAACCUACCGAAAUGUUGACUAUGUGGCUCCUAACAAAGCUAAGGCAAUCCACAAACUUACGGAGUAUCUUAGUUUCCAAGUGAGGAAUGUUGCAAGGGAACUUGUUGAUGCAUUUGAUCUUCCGGAUUAUGUUACACGGGCCCCUAUUGCUAUGCGGUCAGGAGCUUACUCGCAGUACACACAAUAUGUGGGAUUUUAAUAACAAAGGGCGCAAAGAAGAUUCAUGUUUUUUGGGGAAUUGACCCGAUAAUUCUUUUGGUCCAGUGUUAACAUUGUGGCACCUGACCAAGAUCGCCACACUAUGUAUCCACGGAAAUAAAGAAUCAUCUGUAUACACAUUUAUAAAGAUAUUGAUCCUGUGGCAAAAUUCUAUGAUACAUGUGAAAAAAAUGGUACUUCAUAUAAAUUAAA